AUGCUCUCUCUCUCUCUCUCUCUCUCUCUCUCUCUCUAUCUUUCUCUCUCUCUCUCUCUCUCUCUCUUUGGCGCUAAUUUAUCACUACAUUCCUUAUUUUUCUUACGAUAUCUUUUUCUCUCUCUUUCAUUCUUUGUUUUUUCUUUCUUUUCUCUUUCUUUUUUCUUUCUUUCUUUAUUUCUCUUUCUUUUUUCUUUCUUUCUCUCUUUUGUCUUUAUUUUUUCUUUCUUUUUGUUCCUAUUUCUUUCUUUCUUUCAUUUUUCAUUCUUUGUUUUUUCUUUUUUUCUUUCUGUCUUUUAUCUUUUUUCUAUCUAUCUAUCUAUCUAUCUAUCUAUUGAUCGAUCUAUCUAUCUAUCUCAUUCUGUUCGUAUCUAUCGAAUUAUCUAUCUCAUUAUUUUUCCUAUUGUCUCUUACAUUUAUAAAUAUUAUCUAUCUAUCUAUCUAUCUAUCUAUCUAUCUAUCUAUUACAGUCUGUUUAUAUAUAUCUAUCCUUGUAUGUCUGUCUGUCUAUCUAUCUGUCUGUCUAUCUAUCGCGAUCUGUUCAUAUCUAUCUAUCUAUCUAUCUAUUACAGUCUGUUUAUGCAUGUUCAUAUAUAUCCUCGUAUGUCUGUCUAUCUAUCUAUCUAUCUAUCUAUCUAUCUAUCUAUCUAUCUAUCUAUCACGAUCUGUUCAUAUCCAUAUAUCUAUCUAUCAAUCUAUCUAUCUCGAUCUGUUCAUAUCUAUCUAUCUAUCUAUCUAUCUAUCUAUCUAUCUAUCUAUCUAUUACAGUCUAUAACUGAAAUUUUUAUAUCCAUAUAUUUUCUUAUAUCCUUGUAUAUCUAUCUAUCUAUCUAUCUAUCUAUCUCGAUCUGUUCAUAUCUAUCUAUCUAUCUAUCUAUCUAUCUAUCUAUCUAUUACAGUCUGUUUAUAUCUGUUUAUAUAUAUAUCUAUCUAUCUAUCUAUCUAUCUAUCUAUCUAUCUAUCUAUUACAGUCUGUUUAUAUCUGUUUAUAUAUAUAUCCUUAUCUAUCUAUCUAUCUAUCUAUCUAUCUAUCUAUCUAUCUAUUACAGUCUGUUUAUAUCUGUUUAUAUAUAUAUCCUUAUCUAUCUAUCUAUCUAUCUAUCUAUCUAUCUAUCUAUUACAGUCUGUUUAUAUCUGUUUAUAUAUAUAUAUCCUUAUAUGUCUAUCUAUCUAUCUAUCUAUCUAUCUAUCUAUCUAUUACAUCUAAUUCGCGACCGACUGUUUACUGAGCAUUUAUUUGUUCAAAGAAAUCUUGAUAACGGCGCAUAUUUUAACAUUGGCCGAACACGUUCGAACUGUUUUGUUACGUCAUAG